CUGGAGGCUCUUACUACAUGAUUUCAAGAUCUUUAGGGCCAGAGUUUGGUGGAGCAGUGGGACUUUGUUUCUACUUGGGUACAACCUUUGCAGGAGCAAUGUACAUUCUUGGUACCAUUGAAAUUUUAUUGACCUACAUUUCUCCAAGUGCUGCUAUAUUUAAAGCAGAAGAAGUUGGGGAAGAAACGGAGGCUAUGCUGAACAACAUGAGAGUUUAUGGAACAUGUAUUAUCAUUCUGAUGGCCAUAGUAGUUUUUGUGGGAGUAAAGUACGUCAACAAACUUGCACUGGUCUUCCUUGCUUGUGUGAUUCUUUCCAUCAUUGCCAUUUAUGCUGGAGUUAUUAAGACUGCUUUUGACCCACCUGACUUUCCUAUCUGUCUCCUUGGAAACCGUACCUUGUCAAAACGCAACUUUGAUGUCUGUGCCAAAUUUACUGAAAGCAAUAAUGAAACAAAGACUACAACUUUGUGGCGCCUAUUCUGUGAUAGUUCUUUGCUUAAUGCUACAUGUGACAACUACUUUAGUCUCAAUAAUGUAACAGAAAUUCAAGGGAUUCCAGGAAUAAUGAGCGGAGUUCUAACUGAUAAUCUGUGGAGUGCUUAUUCAGAAAAAGGAUCAAUAGUUGAGAAAAGAAAUCAGCCAUCCGUUGCUGGAUCAGAAGAGACAAAAAUGGGUGGACUCCCUUAUGUUUUUACAGACAUCAUGACCUACUUCACAAUGCUUGUAGGGAUUUAUUUCCCAUCUGUGACAGGUAUUAUGGCAGGUUCAAACAGAUCAGGAGAUCUUAAGGAUGCUCAAAAAUCUAUUCCUACUGGAACAAUUUUGGCUAUUUCAACUACGUCUGUCAUUUAUCUCUCUUGUAUAGUGUUGUUUGGUGCCUGUAUAGAACGUGUGAUACUAAGAGAUAAGUUUGGAGAAGCGGUUAAUGGAAAUCUAGUGGUUGGUACGCUGGCCUGGCCUUCUCCAUGGGUUAUAGUGAUUGGAUCAUUCUUCUCAACAUGUGGUGCUGGUCUCCAGAGUCUAACUGGAGCACCCCGCCUGCUGCAGGCCAUUGCAAGAGAUGGCAUUGUACCUUUUAUUCGAGUAUUUGGUCAUGGAAAAGCAAAUGGAGAACCCACUUGGGCUCUGCUCCUCACAGCUGGUAUUUGUGAAAUAGGAAUUUUGAUAGCUUCAUUGGACAGUGUAGCACCAAUUCUUUCAAUGUUUUUCCUAAUGUGCUAUAUGUUUGUAAAUCUGGCUUGUGCAGUUCAGACGCUUUUACGGACUCCCAAUUGGAGACCUCGUUUCAAGUAUUACCAUUGGACUCUCUCAUUCCUGGGGAUGAGCUUAUGUCUUGCCUUGAUGUUCAUUUGCUCUUGGUACUAUGCUCUGGUUGCCAUGCUUAUCGCAGGAUGUAUAUACAAGUACAUAGAAUAUCGAGGAGCGGAAAAAGAAUGGGGUGAUGGAAUCCGAGGACUGUCUCUGAAUGCAGCUCGCUAUGCCUUGCUUCGUGUUGAAGAUGGUCCUCCUCACACCAAGAACUGGAGAAAUCAAUUGGGAAUACUGCUGGUAAAGCUAAUGGACGAAAUCAAAUUUGCCAUUAAAAUAAUGUUUUAA